CGCCCGUGGCUUUUCUAAAAGGCCGGGAUUGGGGACGGGACGGGGAGCAGGCAGGCUGCGGGGACCCUCCCGGCGCUGAACUAAGGGGGGAACCGGGACUGAGGAAAGGCAGCGGAGUCCGGUGGGGGGCUGCGACCCCCUGGGGGUCCCCACAGGGCUUGUGGGGGGGUCACCGACCACCCCAACGCCAGGAUCUGCCGUCGGUGCUGCCCGGGGGAGGCGCGAGGCUUGGCCAUGCUGAGCGCGGCACAUUCCCGGCCGGGGGGGAGGCCGAGCGCAGCCCCUGCCACCGCCAGCUCCGGGGUCCGGCGCGGGGUCCGGCGCAGCGUUACGAGGUGAGGGCCGCGGGGGGAGCCCAGGGGGGGGCCAAGGGAGCCGAGUGCCGUACCGGGGGCUGGUGCCAGUGCCGGUGCCGUUGCCAUGCCGCCGCCGGAGGGUUGCUAAGCUCCGCUCCGAGCCCGCGUGGGCUGCAGCGCUCGGUGCCAAACCUGGCAAUCGCCUCGCGCUGUCGCAGGGGGGGAAGGGAUCCCGGGGGGGGUGAGGGUGUGGGGGACACGUUUGGCCCCCCCCUGGGACAGCCGGCGACACCGGGACCCACACACCCUGGCGGGGCCGUGCCCUGCAUCCCCCCGGCCUGGCGGUGCCACCGGGUGGCUCGGGGGUCCGGGGGGGUGCACGUGCGGCGGUGGCUGCGCCUGUGCGGGUGGGCGCGUGGCUCCGCCGAGGCUCCACCGAAGCGGCAGCACCGGGCCCCCCCUGGCCCCCCAGCACCGGCAGCCUCCGGUUCUCCGGGCUAUGCUGGGUGGCCCGGAACGGGGCGCGGGGCGCCUGCGGAUCUGCGAGCGGACCAAGCUGCUGCUGGUGGAGAUCAACACGGUCUCGUGUUGCAGCCCGGCCACCGGCAUGGCCGCGGGGUGCCGGCCCGCAUCCCCCUGGACCUACCGGAGCUUCGCCGGGGAGUACGCGUACCUGGAGAAGCGUUUGGUGGCAGAGCUGGCCCCCCCUUGGCCCCCCGUGCCCCGCGGUUGCCCCUGUUGCCACCCCCUGCCCGCCACAGGACUUCACCUACCGGCCCCCCCCAGGCCACGAGAGCCGGCCCCGGGCCCCCCCAGCCCGCUGUACCCCCUGAGGGGUCAGGGUGCAGCUCCCCCCGGGGCCGGCACCCAGCAGCCCCCCCCCGCAACCCGGUGCCGGGGGGCAAGCUGGGCCCCCCCAGCUACGAGACCCACAUGCGGCGGAUGCAGGCGGCCCAUGUGCGCCGGGGGGGGCCGCCCCCCUACAUCUCGCCCCCCGCCUACGACGCACCCCACCGCACCCUUCAGCCCCGGCCACGCAGCGGUCCCUGGGGGCCACGCAGCCCCCCCGCCCCGGCACCAAGGGGCUGUGGGGCUGUGCUGGGGGGCUGGAGCCACACGCUGCCCCGGGCGGCCACCGAGGUUGGUUCCCGGCGGCCCCGUGGGCUGCAGACCCCCCCUGGAGGAGUGGGACCCCCCCGGCACAGCCAGACCUUGCCCCGUGCGGCAGCUAGCCGGGAGCGGGGCCCGGGGCGCAGCGGAGGACGGCGGGGGCAGGGGGGGCACGUCCUCAUCGAUGCCACCCGCGUGGUGGUCCGGGCCCAGUACGUGCCCCCCCCGCAGCGGCAGCAGGUCCGGUACGCCGGGGGGAGCCCUGGGCCCGCCGCCCCCCCGGGCAGCCCCCCUGCGUCCCCCAAAACCCGCACCCCUCCAGCAGCACCCUCGCCCCCCCGCCAGCCGCCGUGCAGCCCCCGGGGCCCCAAGCAAAGCCCGGGGCCAGGAGGGGGGCCCCGGGGACGCCCCCCCCCGCGGCGGCCGGUGCUUUACGCCCAGGCGCUGCGGGAGGCUGUGUCCCGCAUCCGGCGGCACACGGCGCCCGACUCCGACUCGGAGGCCGAGGGGGGGUCCGGGGGGGGCCGGCGGUGGCCGUGCCGCGACGCCCUCGCCUACAGCAGCAGCAGCAGCAGCCUGGAGAGCACCGGAGCCCCCCCUGGAGCCGCCAGCCCCCCCCGAGCCUGAGGGGCGGGGCCUGGAAGGGCGUGGUGCGAUGUGGGCGGGGCUUGGGAGGGUGUGGUCGGAGGGGGGCGGGGCCUGGGGGGGUGUGGUCCAUCUGGGGGCGGAGCUUGGGCACGGUUUUGGCGGGCCGGGGGUGGCGCCGACCCCAAUAAAAGCUGUGGGAUCCCACUGCUGAGCCUCUGCCCCUUGCGUGCGUGGGGAUGGGGGGACUCAGUCCCCAAAGUGGGGGGAUCUAGCCCCAAAAAUGGUCCCAAACCGGGGGGGGGGACCUGGCCCCAAAUGCGCCCUCCGCAGGUGUCCCCCCCACCCCUCCCUGCACUGGUGGCUCUGUCCCCAUCCCUAGCAAGGACCUGGGAUCCCCCCCGUGGCCCCCCAGACCCAGGGGACCCCCUGCAGCCUCCCGAAGCGUCAUGGCCCCCCCUGGGCCCCCCCUUCCCGGGUCCCCCAUAAUGAGUAGGUGCCUGCGCCAGGGCGGCCCUCGGGCUGGCCCAUGGCCCCGGGACUGACGUCAGGGCCGGGGGGGGACCCCG